UCAUGUUUCCAUCCAGAGUUGGUAUUACAAUUUAUUUUCCCUUGCUUUCUAUAUUUUCUAUACUUUUUCCAUUUGUCUUUUAUUAAGCCCCCUCUUCUAAAAUAAAUAAAUAAAUAAAUAAAGUCAUUUUCACUCGACCAAAUUCAAGUGAUAAACCGUAAACUCUCCACCCUGAUUUGUGUGCCACCCGUAUGGACUUGGCCCAUCUUUCUCUGCUUUUUAUCAUCUCUUUCUGAUAGACUCAUGUCUUCAAUCCAACUCCAAUUUCGAACUUCGAUCUCUUUCUGAUCCAACAUUAGUACCCAAAUCUCAAAAACGAACUAUUACUAUUUUCUAAGACUGAGAAAUGGGAAAACAAACAGAGAAAUGUUUUGGUUUGGUGGUACUUGUCCCCUGUCCAUAUCAGGGUCAUAUUAAUCCAAUGCUUCAGCUGGGCACAGUUCUUCAUUCCUUUGGCUUCUCAAUAACUGUCGUUCACACCAUUUUCAACUCUCCUGACCCUAAAAACCACCCUCAUUUUAUCUUUGUCCCAAUCUCUCAUGGCUUAUCGGAUCAAGAUAUUGCUUAUGGGCAAAUAGUGGAUAACAUAGUAGAAAUGAAUUAUAAUUGCAAGGAGAAUUUCAGACACUUCUUGGAAAAACUUGUUAUGAAUGAAGCGCACGGUGAGAAAAUCAGGUGCAUAAUAUCAGAUGAACUCAUGUUCUAUGCUGAAGCUGUGGCCGUCGAUCUGAACCUGCCAAGCAUUAUCCUGCGAACCACAAGCGCUGCCACUUCUUAUGCUCGGUGCGCCCUUGUGAGAUUCAUUACACAAAGCAGUGUUCUUUUCGAAGGUUCAGAUUCUCAUGAUCUUGUGCCAGAGCUCCAUCCCCUGAGAUUUAAAGAUCUGCCAUUUUCUCUGAGUAAAGAUUUUGGUAAAUUUGCAGAACUAAUGGGUACCGUGUACGGCAAAAGGAGUUCUUCCGCCAUCAUUUGGAACACUUCGAAAUGCCUUGAAGAGUUAACUUUAGAGAAAAUCCAACAACAAUCUCACGUACCAAUCUUCCCAAUAGGUCCUCUACAUAUGAUAGUACCAUUCAAUAUCUCAAGUAGCCUAAUUACAGAGGACAGAACCUGCAUUUCCUGGCUUGACAAACAACCCCAUAGGUCAGUCAUUUAUGUGAGCAGCUCCGGCAGCAUAGCAGCCUUGACUGAGAAAGAAGUAGCUGAAAUCGCUUGGGGACUAGCCAACAGCAACCAAUCCUUCUUAUGGGUCGUUCGGCCCGGUUCAGUUUGCGGCUCGGAUUGGAUUGAGCUGUUGCCUAAAGGGUUCCAAGAUUCUGUUGGAGAUAAGGGAUGCAUUGUGAGAUGGGCAUCCCAAAGGGAAGUGUUGGCUCAUCCUGCUGUUGGGGGGUUCUGGAGCCAUUGUGGUUGGAACUCAACACUUGAAAGUAUAGGUGAAGGAGUUCCUAUGUUAUGUAAACCAAGUUUUGGUGAUCAAAGAGUUAAUGCUAGGUAUGUGAGUUAUGUUUGGAGAGUUGGGUUGGAAUUGGAGGAGUUAGAGAGAGGAGAAAUUGAGAGAGCUGUGAGAAGAUUGAUUUUGGAGAAUGAAGGGAAUGAGAUGAGAGAAAGAGUCAAGGAAAUGAAGAAGGAAAUUGAAGACACUAUACAGCAAGGUAAUGCUUCUAACAGUUCGUUGACAGAGCUUGUCAAUUUCAUCAUGUUACUUAACUAAAGUAAAUAUUUUAUCAUUAACGAUGGCGGCUUUUGUGCCAUAAAUGAAAACUAGAAAAACAGGUGCAUUUAAUUUGCUCGCAUUGGAAAUGGAGACCAAUUUUCAAAUAAUGAUGGGGUAGGUAGACUGUACACACACUUAUGCUCUAGUUAUACAAUUUCGCACCUAUGGUCAAUUUCCCUGUCAUGAAGUAAGAUAUAACACAGGUAUCGCCAAAUACAAUGCACUUUUAUUUUUAUCAAUAUAUAUAUAUAUAUAUAUAUAUUAACAACACGUUUGGUUCCAUUUAUGAAAUAGAUACGUUUGGUACCAUGGAAUGGAAUCAUACAUACAUUGUUUUGUUU